CCCCCCCGCGCGCUCCCCGGCUCCCCCUUUCCCUCCUGCCCCGUGGAUCCCAGGCUGGGUGCGAGUAAACAGCGGGCGGAGCGAAGCCUCCAGACCCAGGCCAGGUGGGAGUCCCCACUCUCCGAGGGCCCCGGGCUGCGGCUCCCGGGCUCCCGCUGACCCGGAGUUGUGCAUGGCCGAGGUGGGAGCAUGCCCGGGCUGCGGAGGCAGAGGCUCCCUUCGGCGUGGGCCUUGCUCCUCCUGCCGUUCCUGCGGCUGCUGAUGCCCGCAGCCCCCGCACCCCACCGCGGCUCCUACAAGCCGGUGAUCGUGGUGCACGGGCUCUUUGACAGUUCCUACAGCUUCCGCCACCUGCUGGACUACAUCAAUGAGACGCACCCCGGGACCGUGGUGACGGUGCUCGACCUCUUCGAUGGCAGAGAGAGCUUGCGGCCCUUGUGGGAGCAGGUGCAAGGGUUCCGAGAAGCCGUGGUGCCCAUCAUGGAAAAGGCCCCCGAAGGGGUGCAUCUCAUCUGUUACUCCCAGGGGGGCCUGGUGUGCCGUGCCUUGCUGUCUGUCACGGAUGAGCACAACGUGGAUUCUUUCAUCUCCCUGGCCUCUCCACAGAUGGGGCAGUAUGGAGACACAGACUACUUGAAGUGGCUCUUCCCCACGUCCAUGCGGUCUAACCUCUAUCGGAUCUGCUACAGCCCUUGGGGCCAAGAGUUUUCCAUCUGCAACUACUGGCAUGAUCCCCACCACGACGACUUGUACCUCAAUGCCAGUAGCUUCCUGGCCCUCAUCAACGGGGAGAGAGACCAUCCCAAUGCCACUGCAUGGAGGAAGAACUUUCUCCGAGUGGGCCGUCUGGUGCUGAUCGGGGGUCCUGACGAUGGAGUCAUCACUCCCUGGCAAUCUAGCUUUUUCGGUUUCUAUGAUGCCAACGAGACGGUGUUGGAGAUGGAGGAGCAGCCGGUUUAUCUGCGAGACUCCUUUGGGUUGAAGACUCUCUUGGCCCGGGGAGCCAUAGUGAGGUGUCCAGUGGCUGGGAUCUCUCACACUACCUGGCACUCCAAUCGCACGCUCUAUGACACUUGCAUUGAACCAUGGCUCUCCUGAAGAUGUCCUCAGGAGUUCCCCAGCCCAGAGACCAAGUGGUGGCCUUGGGAAGCAGAUGCCAGACUCUGGCAAGCCUGUGACCACCUCAUCGCUCCCACACUGCCCCACCCCACCAGGGCGCCCUGAAUCCUCCUCCCCUCUGCCCCUCUGUGAAUGACAGGUCCUGGUCCCUACCUCAUGUCCUCACUUGGGGAUGCUCUCCCUUUCUCCCACGGCUGAGGUUGGGAAGCGAGCACCAGGUUUUUAACUGGCUUCACCGCUGCCGCUGCUGCUGCUGCUCCGGAUCUGGCUGUACCGGAGGAGAACCCAGCCCCUGCCCGCCACAGGGGUCUCUUUCCAGGCCACUCAGGACAUUUUUAGCUUCUGUUGUCCCUUUUUCUCAACUUCCUGUCGCCGGCCUUCCCACUAGGAGGGACACCCAUAGGAGGGGUUCUGAGGUCCCCCUAUGGGGACAGCUCCACUUUUGAAGUGUCAGUGUUGGGGAAUAUCUGUGGCCUGCAAGGCCCAUCUCAGGUUUGGGGAUCCCCCAGUCCCUAUGAUCAGUAUUGGGGUGUCCCCUGGGAGCCUAGGUUCUUUGAGGUCCCAGCCCCUCUUUUAAGGACCCUUGACUGGGUGCUCCCUGUAUUUAUAGAAAUAAAGUUCCAUUUCCUCA